GACAAGUUUUAAUCAGUACGAGACACACGUUUCAACAUACAAUUUUAAAAAAUGGUCAAUCCAAGCACUACAUCUUUCGAACAGGACAACAUGGAAAUUUUGUGGCUGGACGGAAAUGACGCCUUAAUUGGUGUCAAGGCCUGCGAAGAAAUUACCAAACGGGGAAUUGUUUUCGUAAGAAAUAUAAAGUCGGAACAAAGUCUGACUGAAAUUUCUAAACACUUUGGACACGUAUUUAAUCCGCGACAUGGGUCAGAAAACGGGGUCGCAAACAUUCAUCCGGACCACACCCUGGAAGGGAAAGGCUACACCAGGACGGCAUUAUUGCUGCAUACUGACCGCAGUGGGAUGGACAACCCACCAAGAUUUUUAAUGACGACGGUCAAAAAACAAAGCAAAUCUGGUGGUCACAGCACGUUCGUCAACGGGAGACAUCUUCAAACCCAAAUUCUUUCCGAAGAUUCAAAACUUUUUAAAUUGUUACAAUCUUCUAAAAUGACCCAAUUCCAACAAGAAGAUCGAAGCUUUAAACCUCUUCCAAUGUUUUAUGGGGAGAAUAAAAUCCGAUGUCGAUUUGACGAUGGGAUAUACUUCAACCAUCUUUUGGCUGAAAAACUGCCCCAAUUGAUGCAUCAUUUGGCCAGACUUCAACUUCGGGAGGCAUUUAAAGAGGGGGAAGGCUACAUUUUGGAUAACCAUUGGUGGCUCCAUGGACGCGACGGUUUCAACGGGGACAGAGAAAUCCUGCGCCUUCUUAUUAACCCCUCCACGAAUCCCGUGAUUAUUGAUAAGGAAGGGAAAAGCACCCCAAAAUUGAUCCUAUUCGAUAUUGACGGGACCCUCCUAGAUUCGCAGGCGGUUAGCGUUGGAGCAUUUUUUAAAUGCAUGACACACGUCCUAAGGAAAGAAAUCACCUUGAAAAGUUCGUCCCAGGUCAACCUGCAUGGCCAAACGGAUUUAAAUCUUGUCUCAGAAAUUAUCAAGCUUCACGUGAACAAAAACCUGGAAAAUUCUGAGGAAUUGGUGUUCGAGUUAAGUCAACAAUUCUUUAAACUACAUCCGGCCUAUUUGGAAAAUGAAAUUUUAGAAAAUCCUAUCAAAAUUCAACCUUGUCCUGGAAUUCUAGAACUAGUAAAAAAGAUACAAGAUUUAAAGCACUAUUGGGAAACAAAUGAUAUUCAUUUUGGGUUGCUCACUGGAAAUUCUCAAGUCAAUGCGUUAUCCAAAAUUAAAGCGGCCGGAAUUUCACAGCCAACUCUGAUUUUUGACAUGGAUAAGUCCGCGUUUGGGGACACUUACAAGAAAAGGAAUGAUAUGCUUCCAGGGAUUCUUGGGAGAAAUUCUUCCAAUGUUAAAUUCUCACCAGAAAAUACGCUAAUUGUUGGGGACACCCCGUUGGAUGUGGAGUGCUGAAUGGCGAAAAGGUUCUGGCGGUGGCGACAGGAUCGUACGAUUUUAAAAGUUUGAUGGAUCUACAGCCUCAUUACACACUUUCUGACUUGUCCGAUGUGGAUAAAGUUAUUCAGAUUUUUAAGGAUUUUUAAUAGAUUUCGUGAUAAAUGGCUAGUUUUAUGACAAGAAUAAAAUUUUUCAUAUGUUGCAA